AUGGCUCGUUAUUACUGUGAAUACUGUCACUCGUAUCUGACCCAUGAUACGCUGAGUGUUAGAAAAUCUCACCUUAUCGGAAAGAACCACUUGAGAAUCACAGCGGAUUACUAUAGAAACAAGGGUAAGAAACAGUCGAGAUUUUUUAAUAGAGUCUCAAAGAAAUAUGGUAAACGUACAGAAGAAACUAAGGUCAGUCCACCGCUGAACUGUUCCAAAAGAUCUGAAAAAAGACGCAAUUCCAAGUUGUCAAGAUUACAUGCAAAGGAAUUAGAUCAACCAAUACAAACUCUAGACAAGUUAUACGAAGGUUCACCCGGAUACUCCAAAGUUUUCAUAGAUUCAAAUCGAUUGGACAUUGGAGACCUAAUAAGAGUCAGUAAACUUCCACAAAGAGCUAAUGCGAAUGCACCAAAUAGUAGUGGUUCUUCAGCAAGCACCGUGCGCGCGCGCCACGAGACCUUUACUGAAUCACUUAAACAUGCAUCAUCGGCACCUCUGGAACCGCCAAGAGUACUGUCAAGUUGGUCAAAUCUACCCAGAACCACAUUCCACGAUCCAUCCCUGCCGCGCAUAGUCAUCAAUGAGUCCAGGAGACGCACUCGAUAA